UGGCAGGCCAAUGUCACCGCCUCCUCAAGACCUGUCGAGGAACUUCCACCAGACCAUGGUCUACAUACCGUACAACCACAUCGAGAGUUACGAACCAGCAAACGUUUACCAAACUAACGACUACUAUCGUUACAACCAGAACCAGAUGAACAAGAAGUAUGUCGAGCCAAUCUACCAACAGAAGAUGGCCCACGUCGACGAUCCAUACUGCAAUUCCAACGUCCACCAGGCUAGAGUGCAGGCGAAGAACGUCUACGCGAACAACUACCAGCCGCUGCUGGUGACCUCUAGCAGGAGUGAGAGUCCCCUGAUGGGAAACUAUGCCAUGGCGAGGUCCACGCAGACGUCUAUGGCAUGUUUGUCCAGCUGUAACUACUACCAGACCCCCAGUACGAUACUGAGAUACAGAGAGAGCAUACACCCACCAUACAAACCGGAAUAUGUGAAUAAGGUAAAUCGGCACAGUUUUCCUUCGGUGAGGCCCAGGUACAACCCUCCAGAAAAUUCCGACCAUAUCUACAUGGAAGAUCCCGAUAUUCAACAUAAUGGACCAAUCAUGAACGGUUACUACAACUACCUUCCUCCUAAGGACUCUCCUGGAAAUAGUCCCACCAAGGCUAGAUUCAUUGAACGUGGCGUACCAGAGGGGGCAGCCAGUGUAUCCCCUCAAGACUCCAUCAACCUCCAGAACAAUUCCAGUACGAAUACGUCUCCAACCUUAGCCCACGCAAACGCCAAACCUCUGUUUUACGCUAUGAACGUGUGAUGGGAGAUCGCUUGAAGACCGAAGAGGGGCGCACGAAAUGUCGCGUGUACAUAUAUAAAUGAUGUUGCUUUAGAUGAAAGCAUUGUUUGUUGAAAAUUGUAGGUUAUAAUAACCAAGCGGCAGAAAAUUUGUUGAAACCUGAGGACCUUAUCAAUGUUUUUCUGUUGUCUGUGAAGGGCCAGUCCGUGUUCAGGUUGAUUGUCAUUAGAGUGAUGAUGAAGAAGUAGAAAGCCAAAACUUUCUUUUCAUUAAUGAUUGUAGGAGCUGCGACAGCUGCUUAACUGAAAAAUCUAUUUUCAACAGAAAAUAAAGAUAUACUACACUCAAAAUACAAUUGAUAGGUAAGAUCAAAAACAAUAUUGAAUUCAAAUUGCACAAAGAGUUUGGACAUUGCCUGAGAAACGUCUGUAAGUGAAUUCAGAGUACAAUUAAAAUACAAUCUAAAAAAUUAAUACAUUGAGAAAGUCUCUGAGAAGAUAAGCCAUUAACUGUAGUAAUAGGAACUGUAACAAAACCAGAGUGUGACAUAAUCAUUUCACCACACAUUGGAAUUGAAAAAAAGUAUCAACAGUGCACACGUUGGGGAAAGUAAUCUUGUCACCGUUUCCAUCCAGUUAUAGAAAUACUGAAGAAUUGAAUAUUUGUCACAUAUUACUGCAAUCAAAUGAAAAAAAUAGAUUAGACUCGGACGAAAUAAUACCAUAUUAACCUACCAAACAAGUGAAUAUAUCAAAAAUGCAAUUGACAAUUAUAACGCAAACAUUUAUUAAAUACAAAGAAACCAUUAAAUUUAGUAUUAUAAGGAACUACAUUUGCUUGAAUCUUAUUGAGUUUGUGUUGUUACUGUACUUGUUGCUGCCAGAAAAAUGUAUGAACUUAAUAUUAUUAGUAUUAAUUUUAUUUCAACUGAAUCAGUAUUGCCUUUAUUAAAUACCUUUUCAAGAUCAUUAAGACCAAACUGAAUCUUGAAAUGUUAUAUUUGGUGGUUUGAUCUCAUUAGUACUUUAUUCAAGUCAAAUUGUAUUCUAACUGGUAUUCCUUUCGUAACAGUAUGUGAUGUUGCCCAAGAAUGUAGAUAUACUUUGAAAAACAUAUAACUUUCUUUAGACAGAUAUUCGUUUUGUAGAAAUAAUAAAAAAUUUCAAAUUUUCAAUAAGAAACAUACAUGAUGGCUUUUUUGGAGAUGUCAUACUAAGGGAAAAAGAAACUCAUGGACAUACAGAAAGUAUAGAUUAGCUUUAUGACCUGAAAUGUGGACUGGCUUCUGUGGAUUGUUUAGCUUGUGAAUUUCGGCAGAAAAUUAUUGAUGUCACUACUAUCAGUAUUAUGAUGAAAAUGUUUGCAUAUAUUUAUGUGAUUUUUUCGAAUUUUAUUCUUACCGGUUUGUUUUCGUUUUGAAAAAGUUUAAGGUAAGGAUCUGACUAGCACUAACAGUCUUGUACUAUAGACUAUAAACUUUUGUAAUACAGGGUGUUCUGGAACAUGUUGUAAACUUGGUUUGCAGGAUACUGCUCAAAAGGAGAAAGCACAAAGUGGAUAAUCAGAAUAAAAAGGUAAAAGUUAUUUGCAAUCUUGAACGUUUCUUUGGAAAAGCUAGCUGCUUUCCACGAUAUUAACAACUCGAAGUUCAACUGAAAUAUUCAUUACAGAUGGUUUUAAAAGGUUAACAUAGUUAUGGAAAUUACACCAAUAAAUCGGGAAAUAGGUUUGAGAAAUCGGAAAUCUCAGGAAAAAAUUAAAAGUCAUGGUAGAAGCUGAUUGUUUGAUUUGCAUUUCAACAAAUUCCCCUAACUCCUGCCUGUGCGUUCAUUCGAAUAAAAUUGAAGGUCUCGUAUUCUAUUGUCAAAUAUUUUUAAAUCUUUUCCAUUUUUCCAAUGAUUCUAUUCCACUAGAUAAUUUCAAUUUUGUUAUCUAUUACUUUCAUAUUUCAUAUUUUUUGUGUUUUAUAAGCACUCAUUUUUAGAAAUGUUUCCAAUAUCAGCCUUUUUCAAUCUAGCAUGUAUUUCAGUUCAUAGUCAAAGAGUGUGAACAUUCACGGCCGGAGAUAACUGUUUUGAAGCUAGUUCCCGGGUUUAUAGGCUGUGGUAUGCAGGUUUUUAUGCUUGACGUUUCAACUGCUGCUGUGGUAGACAUCAUCAAAGGUGGUGAGGCCACAGAUUAAUUAAGUGCAGUUAGCCCGAUUUCAUCAACGUUGAUUCCCUCUUAUUAUGUAACUUGAUAUGAAUGAAUAAAAAACGUUUAUUGGUUAAUUUUGUAACACAGUUUGGAUUUUGGGUUGUUUUGUUUGUGAGGCCCCUCUUAUCGGCUUAUGCCUCUUCAGGGGCGAGGUAAGUAAACAAUAGUUUUGUGGGGUUGGCUUCACAAUAAUUUCCCCAUUUUAAGUUAGUACAUCUCGAUUUUGUUAGUUGUUGGUGAAUACAUAUUUUUACCAUUACAGAUUUUUUGAUCAUCCACUCGGACAUACUAAAUAUCAGGAAUGUUUGAAAUAUUCAAAUAUAUUGAUCGGUUAGGGUGAUAAUUUGAAAGUUAAAAAUGGUCGGUAAUUGGGUUUUAUUUUGUUUCAAUAUUUUUCUCCCACAAAAUUUGCAUAUUUCUAAUAUUUCUCACUUUGGGUUUUUCAACAGUAAAAUUCAAACAUUUGAUGAUUGGGCCUUGCACCAAACUUUCACUUUUCCUUUAUCUUUGAUUCAAGUAAGUUAUCACAAUGUAAACAAUUGAAGCAUUCAUACACCACACCCUUAUUUAAAGUAAAAAUGUGGUAUAUGAAGAUAAAGUAAAAGUUAGGUGUAUGAACCAGCCAUUACUAUUACAGAUAAUCUUUAUACAUUUUUAAAUUGAGGUCUUUAAAACUGUUGGGUCAAUCAAACCCUUAGUGAAAUCUGCCAUACUUGCAAAAUUUAGUUUUAGAACAUAUUCUAUUUGUCUCCUCUAUACACCCUGUACAUAUUCGAGAAGAAAAGACGUAAAUUAGACUUCUUCAUAAAGUAGCUCUAUUUUUAAACUUGCUGUACAAAAAUUGUUGUAAUUUGUAUUUGAGAGUUUAUUGAAUCCUAUCACCUGUUUUUUGAACAAUGUUUGUUCCGUUUCUCGAUUUUGUUUUCAUAAAGGAAAUGAAUGUUUUGCCAAAAUUCGGGUCGUUGUGAAAUGGUGGGCGUUAUUGAAUACCCAACAGGAACCAUUUUAUGCUCAAUUUAUUCGAAUAAUAAUCAAAUCAGUAUUUCCUUGAAGGGUUUUUGUAUUAACCCCACCAGUAGUUGUACCAUUGUCUUUUGUACUACUUCGGAUUCCUUACCCAUUUCCUUCCCAAAUCAUUUUCCAACCACCAAACACUUUUAAAGAUGAUGGUAUCAUGUUUCGCAAGGACUCUGUAUAUACAAGUUGUUGAAUUUUCCAUACCACUCGUUGAUUAAAUCUACUUCUAGCUUAGGAUAUAUUAGGAAUUGUGAAAGACCAAAAACAAAAUGAAACAUAUUUUUUAGGAUAACAGGAAAUUAUUUUUUUCUGGCAGGUGGUAUGUAUAAUGUUGUUGUGAGUGAUAGAAUCCCUUUUUCAAAAAACGUAGUUCAUCAAUCAAACUGAUAAAUUUUUAUUGUUUUAUUACCGUACCUAGCGUUCAUCUAGGUUGUAACAUGUGAGAUGCAUUUAAAAUUACAAUAAAAAAUAUAAAUGGUGG